GCAACGUGUUUAACGUGACGCCGUCAGCAGAUGUACUCUGUGGCUCUGUUUGCAUACAGUUCAAUUUCGAUUAGAAUUAGUUAAAUAAUGGCCAUUACCUUAUGGAACUUAUUCGAAGCGUCCUUAUUAUGCCUAAAUGCCGUUUGCGUAUUGCACGAGGAGAGGUUUUUAGUUAAAAUCGGCUGGAGCUCCAAAAGCCCAAACGUGCAGGGAUUCGGUGAGCAUCCGACCGUCAAAGGGCAGAUAUUAAAUUUAGUAUAUUCCAUACGAACAGUGGCUAGGAUUCCGUUAAUAUUGGUCAAUAUAGUGACGAUAUUAAUAAAACUUGUACUCGGAUAAUGUGCGCAGGUGUAGGUGCUGUAAAUAUGUAUUAUUUUUGUAAUGCCCUCUUAAUAAAAUGAAACUUAUAAAUAAUGAUAUAGAAUCAUAAUCUAUCUA